AGGGGGAAGCUGGCGCGCGCUUCUUCUUGCUGCUCGCUCACGCGCCGCUCGCACACACGCGAGCAUCCCGCCGGACGAGCGCAAGGACUCUCACGGCUUGUUUGCAACAUUUGGGGGGGUUUUUGAAUGCGCGGCGAUGGAAUUGCUUCCCGUGGAUUUAAAGUGAGCCCAACUUUGCGUAUUUUCACCCAGCGAGGCUGUUCGUCGCACGUCAGGAGAGGAUGAUGCUCGCUGGACUCUAUCUUCUUCUGCCUCUUUUAGAUGUGUUGCACGGGGCCGAGGAGGGUGGACGGGCGUCGCGCAUGGACUGCGUGCGGGCCAGCGAGCAGUGCCUGAAGGAGGCGGCGUGCAGCAGCAAGUACCGCACCAUGCGACAGUGCGGCGCGGGCAAGCAGGGCAACUUCAGCGCCGUGGCGCGGCUCGAGGCUCAGGACGAGUGCCGCAACGCCGUGGACGCGCUCAAGCAGAGCCCGCUGUACAACUGCCGCUGCAAGAGGGGCAUGAAGAAGGAAAAGAAUUGCCUGCGCAUCUACUGGGGCAUCUACCAGACCUUACAAGGUAACGACUUUUUGGAGGAUUCUCCCUACGAGCCCGUCAACAGUCGCUUGUCGGACAUUUUCCGCCUGGCCCCAAUAAUCGAGGGGGCCAAACCUUGGAGCAGCUCAGCCACUUUGUCACCGGCGAGGUGGGGGGGGCGGGCCCAAGGAGCUGCGCUGUCCCGGGGGGGCCCCUCCGCAACGGACCUGCAGGACCCCAGUAGAAACAGGAGGGCCCACCCCAACUGGGCCAUACUGGGGGAGCCGGCGGUGGCUCGGGAGAACAACUGCCUGAACGCGGCCAAGGCCUGCAACCUGAACGACACGUGCAAGAAGUACCGCUCGGCCUACAUCAGCCCGUGCACCAGCCGCGUCUCCACUGCCGAAGUUUGCAACAAGAGGAAGUGCCACAAGGCCCUCAGACAGUUCUUCGACAAGGUUCCCCCCAAGCACAGCUACGGGAUGAUGUUCUGCUCGUGCCCACUCAGCGACCAGACGGCGUGCUCGGAACGCCGGCGUCAGACCAUCGUGCCCGUCUGCUCCUACGAGGAGAAGCAAAAGCCAAACUGUCUGGAGCUGCAGGCCUCGUGCAGGACCAACUACAUCUGCAGGUCGCGUCUGGCCGACUUCUUCGCCAACUGCCAGUCGGAGCCGCGCUCGCUGUCGGGCUGCCUGAAGGAAAACUACGCAGACUGUCUGCUGGCCUACUCGGGUCUCGUCGGCACGGUGAUGACGCCCAACUACCUUCGCUCCCCCAAGAUCAGUGUGUCCCCGUACUGCGACUGCAGCAACAGCGGCAACAACAAAGACGAGUGCGACAGGCUGGCCACCUUCUUCACAGACAACACGUGCCUGCGCAACGCCAUCCAGGCCUUCGGCAACGGUACGGACAUAGGCGUGUGGCAGCCCGUGUCACCCGCCCAGACCACCGCGACCAUCACGUCGCCGUACCAACGCAACCGCAACAACAACCUGGACAACCACAUCAACACCGACCCCGGUAUAUACCACUUCUGCGGAAGUCUGCAGGCUCAGAAUUUGAAGUCCAACUCCAGCGUUGACAGCGUCUUCUGCGUGGACCCUCAGAUGGACGGUCCGAGCACGUCCAACGCCAUCGUGAGGAAUUCGUCCGUCCGCCGACGACCCGCCAGGGCGACGUAUCUGCUGCCCCUACUGCUGUGGCUGUGGUACUGCGGCCGUCAUCUUGAAUCCUCACCGAGCGACUUGUAGCCUCGUGGCCAAAAACGUCAGACUGACAAAAUAAAUUUUUGGGGAAAAAAAAACGUGAAAUUGUUUCCUUCCUUCUCCGUACUUCCUCACUGUACGAAAUUCCCUCUGGAUCACUUUUGAAUAUUUUUUUGGGGUUGUUGCUGUUUUUUUUGUCAUUUUCAGCUGUGAUUGACUUUACGACGUGUGUUCUUCUUUGUGUUGGUCAAGAAAUGCGAGAAGCUUCUGACGUUUUUCCAGUUAAGGUUAGCGUAGCCUGUAUCCUAACGCUAACAUCGCAGAAAGCACACAAAUGUGUCAAAAACCCAUGUUCAAAAAACAGGGAGGGCUGCCAUUUUGUUGUCGUGGCCGUUUUAGCCUUAUUUCCAGCUAUCUUUCCGAGACGAACUUCUCGACUGUAACACCCGCUGGAAUGUUUGAAAAUUCCUUACCUGAAGCCAGUUUCACUUAGCAACUUGAAAUGUUGACAGGCAUGUCUCUCAAGAGUAGGCCCACAAAAAAAGUCUCAAGAACCAAUUCUUGAAAACAUACAGGAAGUCUGCUAUUUUGGUUUCCAGUGGCCAUUUUCAGGGGUCAUUCAAAAACAAACCCGUCGUACAGAUUGCGUCCCAUCCCAACCGAAUUUCGCGCACGGUGUUUGGAUUGCUUGCGGGCACAGCAUGGUGGUAAAGUUGAAUGAUAAGCUAAGACGCACACAUUUUUAAAAAAUGCCUUUUUUUGGCUAGCUGAGGGCAGUGUGACUCAUCAAGUAAUUGUACGUACUUGAAGUGGUUCAACCUCAAAGCCACGUUUCAUGUUUUUAUGAAGUUUCUUUUUGUAUUUUCUUGUAUAGUUUUUUUUCUUGGAAAUGAUCCCCACCCCCCACCACAUCUGUCAAGCUUUGUGCUUUAGCAUUAAUAGCGCAUUAGACUCGCAAUUUUAGCUAGCGUGGUUGCUAAAGCGACCACCAUCAAACAGCCAUGAAAUAAAACAUUUACUUGCUGGAAUGCAGGAAACAUCCAUAUUCAAUAAUAAUAAUCAUCAUUAGAAAAAAAUGAUAAUAUAAUGAUAUAAGCCUUGAACGUUAGCCACCCACUGAAUGUCUCUGGUCAGUUAAACUACUACUGGACCUGCCGCUAAAAUAAGCUACGCUUAACGACAAAGUGAGAAUAUGUUGUGUCACAGGAACAGUUAGCCUCACCGUUAUCAUUGCCAAUGUGUUGGUUUUUUAUUUAGCGACAAUUCACAAUAAAAAAAAAAAAAAAAAGCGGGCCACCCA